GUCAAUGACGUCGAUCGUAUACUGGGUACGCGGUAUGCCUGGGUGGACAGUAUAGUUACUUCAACAUUAAAUGGAAUAAAAUGCCGCGGAUUUAUGUAAAUAGAGACGUCGCUUCAGCGUAAUUAAUGAAUGCUUCUUAAUUAAGACAUUAAGACGUCGGGAGCGCGGGUGACUGGCUUAUUUUCGGCUUUUUAUCACCAAUAUUUCAGGGAGAGGAGCGCCGCCCUCCUUACCACAGCAGCUGCAGGGAAGUUUGCCACUUUUGUUCUUGUUGUACAAACAACGAACUGAGGACCUCAGAGCCUCAACAUCACACAUCUCUGCAGCACCGGCUAGUCACUCUCGCCGCCCCGUCAGUAAAAGGAAGUCGACUGCGUUACCUCACCACACCUGGGCAGAGAAAUGUGUGUUUGCAUGUAUCCUCGGAUGCAUUCCUGUGUCUAAAUGUUUUUGGGCUAAAGUAAGAGGUAGUAGACUGCAGUUACUCUCCAACCCUCUGAGAGUCUCUUAUCCACUUGACAGACUACGGAAUUUGUCUCCACAAUUGCAAAGCAUCAUGGGUAGGAAAAAGAUUCAGAUCCAACGGAUCACCGAUGAAAGGAACAAGCAGGUGACAUUCACAAAGCGAAAGUUUGGCUUGAUGAAGAAAGCCUACGAGCUGAGUGUAUUGUGUGACUGCGAAAUCGCUCUGAUCAUCUUCAACCACGCGAACAAGCUGUUCCAGUAUGCCAGUACUGACAUGGACAAGGUCUUGCUCAAAUACACAGAGUACAACGAGCCUCACGAGAGCCGUACCAAUGCAGACAUUAUUGAGACUUUGAGAAAGAAAGGCUUCAACGGUUGUGACAGUCCAGAGCCGGAUGGUGAAGACUCCAUCGACCAAAGUCCCCUUAAUGAUGACAAAUACCGUAAGACCACAGAGGACCUGGAUGUACUCUUCAAACGCUAUGGACAGUCGACAGCUCCGCCCCAGACAUUCUCCAUGCCAGUCACAGUCCAGGCAUCUAAUCAAAGCACACUGCAAUUCAGUAACCCUGGCAACGCACUGGUAACUACCUCCUAUGUAACAUCAUCAUCGCUUACGGAUACCCACCUCCUGUCGCCACAGCAACCGGCUCUUCAGAGAAAUACGGUGUCUCCUGGGUUGCCACAGCGACCAGCCAGUGCAGGAGCUCUUCUUGGAGGCGAGCUGAAUAAUUCAAAUGGAGGAUGCCCAAGUCCAGUUCCUAAUGGAUACACCAGUGCAAGGGCCUCCCCAGGCCUCCUCACCGUUUCCAACGGCAACAGUCUAGGGAAAGUAGUUCCGGCCAAGUCUCCACCCCCACCUCCAAGCCCCCAGAUGGUCAACAGCCGCAAGCCAGACCUCCGAGUCAUCACCUCACAGGGCGGAAAGAGCCUCAUGCAGAUGACAGAGGAUGAGCUGGAAUUGGUAAACGAGAAUGCCCAGCGGCUGGCAGCAGGAACCCAGGCGCCACAAAGCCUGACCACACCAGUGGUCUCUGUGGCCACACCAAGCCUCCUGACACAGGGGCUGCCCUUCUCCGCCAUGCCCACUGCGUACAAUGCAGAGUACCAGCUGACCAGUGCAGACAUCACUGCUUUACACGCUCUGGCGUCACCUGGCGGCUUGUUGCCAACCAGUGUGUCCACAUGGCAACAGCAGCAGGCUGUUUCCCAGCAGCAGCAACAGCAGGCACAGCAACAACAGCAGCAACAGCAACAGCAGCAGCACCAACAACAACAACAACUUAGUCUUGCAUCGCUUAGCAACUUGGUCAUGUGGGGCCUGGACAAACAGAGCAGUGAGCUGUCUAGCCAGGUGUCCAGUCUGGCUGCCAAUCUGAGUGUUGGCUCUCCGUCCAACCUGCUCUUGGGUAGAGAUGAGUGGUUGGGCCGGUCUGUGACCCAUAUACCUCAAGGUGCCAUGCUGACAGUCAACACAAACACCAGCGUGAACAUCAAGUCGGAACCCGUCUCGCCCGGCCGGGAUCGCAGCACCCCUUGUCCUCCUCCAUCUUCUACCACGCCGUCCUCGACUACAGGGGGAGCCAUCCUGACCGCACCGCCACAGUACCCUGGCUCCCUGCUGUGCCUGGAGCCCCCGACUGGCCGCUCGCCUGCAGACAGCGUCAGCAGCAACGCCAGCUCAUUUGAAGGCAGCGAUCGUGAUGACAUUGGUGCAGCUGGUGGAGGAGGUACAGGUGGAGGGGGCAGCGGUGGUGGCAGCAGUGGUGGCAGCGCAGCUGGUGCUACAGGAAGUGCUGGUCCCGGCAGCCGCCCUGACUUCAGCCCCUCGGCUGAACAUCUCAGGGCGUCGAACGAACCAGAGCAGGAGGGAGGAAACAUCAAGCGCAUGAGAUUGGACACCUGGGUCACAUAGAAGCGCCUGCCACUCCUCUUUGUACCCACAGUGAAGUUUUGUUGACACUUAAACACCCACAACACACACCCACACUCAUCCUUAAACCUCCACUGCCAUGUGACACUAUCAUCACACAUCUGCCUCUGUCCAAAAUCAUACAACUCAGCAGCUUCACCCAGAUUUCUAAGGCUUUGCCAGAAAAAAAAAAAAAAAUACAAAUCCGUUGGAUCAUGCUCUGAGUGAGGAGAGUAUGACUUAGUGCUCAGAUGGAUAUUUUGUCCUGUUUAGAUCCUUGAAUAGAGGGACAGUAGAUUUUUAAAACUUUCUUGCUUGAAUGGACUCACAUAUAGUAAUUUCUAGUAGAAAUAAGGUGGUAAACAUUUUUUGCAAUCUCACAAAACCAUAAAAAAAACUUUCACAUGGUUUCACCUUUAUGUAUUUACAUCGAGCUCUGCUACAUUGUUCAGAAUGGGAUUGGUGACUUGAUGACUGGUUGAUUGACAUUAUGGGACUUUUAUGACUCACCACUUCCUGCUAUUUGAAAUCCAACGUCACUUGGAUUGUGUGCUGUCCAUUCUUUCAUUAGUCAUUUCCGAACGGCUUUUGGAUAAAACUUAAUCUGGACAAGUUUGAGGAUGGAGCAUCUAUCUGACACUGAGCAAACAGCCUCAAACAUUCUUCUAGGUAAAGACACUUCACCAUGAGUGGUUCUUUCUGCUGCCACGUUUCCCAACCUCGUACACCCAGGCAGGCCCGAACCCUCAGGUGGAGCCAAACAUCUUGCCAGAGUGCUAAUAUCAAUCUUUCUUCAACAACAAAAAUUGCCAAAUGCCUCUUGCACACAGUGCAGGGACUAUGACGAAUUAUCACGGUCACGGAAAUGAAAACUAAAAAACUGUUGAUGCUUUGAAUUUGCCAUCACUUUCAUCAGACGGGGUGCUCCUCCCGUCCUCUCACCUCCUCUGGAACUUUGAUGGGAAUUGUUGCAACAGAAAUCCAGCCAACUACUCGGCUUACUACCAGGAGUAGAUGCCAUCCAGUUAAAUGCAUACUAUGAUAUUCUUGAGCUGCUCUGGUGGCUUUCUGGGGUCUGAAAAGUAUUUAGUUCUUUAUCUGUUGGGAUUUAAAAAAAAAA